UCACCAGAGACAAAGAGAGGAGGAUGGUGCAUCACAGAGAAGAGGACCUGAUUGGGAUCCCCUUCCCCAAUCACAGCAGCGACGUCCUCUGCAGCCUCAAUGAGCAGCGGCGUGACGGGCUGCUCUGCGACGUAAUCCUCAUCGUCCGUGACCAGGAGUACCGCACCCACCGCUCCGUCCUGGCCGCCUGCAGCCAGUACUUCAAGAAGCUCUUCACAGUUGCCACCGUUGAUGGUGGAGAUCCCCAUCACACUGCAGCCGUGUACGAAAUUGACUUUGUGGCCCCGGAGCCUCUCACAGCCAUCCUGGAGUUUGCCUACACCUCCACUCUGACCGUGACGGCGUCCAACGUUAAAGAGAUCCUGAACGCGGCUCAGAUGCUGGAGAUCCCGUGCAUCAUCAACGUUUGCCUGGAGAUCAUGGACAGCGGUGGUGGAGAGGGCGGCGGUGGUAGGAGGGAGGAGGAUGAGGAGGAAGAGGAGGAUGUGGAGGAAGAUGAGGAGGAGGAAGAAGAGGAAGAGGAUGAAGAGGAGGACAUGGGGUCGAGGAGGGAUGACCAGGAUGAAGAGGAGGACAACGUCAGCGAGAGGUCACUGCAGUCGUCGGUGAGCCGAGGGGAGCAAACGCCUCCAGGGAUGGAGGAGUCGCAGCCUCCGAGCACCUCCACCUACCAGCAGCAGUUUGACGUGCACAGAGAGUCAUCACAGUCCCAGUCUCCAGACAACAUGAGGGGGAAACAGGUAAGUUCACUGGAMAAAAAAAAAAAAAGACAAAUACAUUUUUCUAGGUUUAUGGCUUAUGAUGCUGUGAUUGUGUUGCAGGAGAGUAUGGAGAGUCGGGCUCUGAAGGAUUUCUCCAUUGAGUCCCUCCUCCAGGAAGGGCUGUAUCCACGCAUGUCAACACUGGAUCGAAGGGCCAGCUUCACCCCUCUCCUCCCUGGCUUCUACCCCUCCAUGUGGGCUGCAGAGUUCCCAGCCUUCCCUCAGCAGCUCCUGGAUCCCAGCCACCAUCAGCACCCCCAUGCAGGCGCUUCACUGCCAACCAGGCUCCCCCACGCAUUCUCCACCUCCGCCCCACGGGAGAACUCCAGGCCUCUCGACCUAGCCGUGAAGAGAGAGGUCAUAAAGGAGGAGAUGAAAGAGGAAGUCCCGCCCAGUCUGCUUCACGGUGACUUCCUGAAGGAGUUUGUCAGCUCGGGCCUAGGCGGCACCGUGAACGCCGGGUCGGUGCCGUCAGAGGGUCACGCUCUGGGUCAAAUUAAGGAUGAGGCUGACUUCCGCUCGUACCUGAGCUUCCUGAGCUCAGCAUCCCACCUGGGGGCACUCUUCCCUCCCUGGCAACUGGAGGAGGAGAGGAAGAUGAAGCCCAAGGCUUCACAGCAGUGUCCAAUCUGCAACAAGGUCAUCCAAGGAGCCGGGAAGCUGCCACGACACAUGAGGACGCAUACGGGAGAGAAACCAUACAUGUGCACGAUCUGUGAAGUCCGAUUCACCAGACAAGACAAGCUGAAGAUCCACAUGAGGAAGCACACAGGCGAGCGCCCCUACAUCUGUCUGCACUGCAACUCCAAGUUUGUCCACAACUACGACCUGAAGAACCACCUGCGAAUCCAUACUGGCGUCCGUCCCUACCAGUGCGAGCACUGCUACAAAAGUUUCACACGAUCCGACCACCUACAUCGACACAUCAAGAGGCAGAGCUGCCGAAUCUCCCGCCCCCGGCGAGGGCGAAAGCCUGCCGCCUGGCGCACCACCCCCAACAGCAACUUCCUCUGCCCCCCCACUGCCGCCACCAACCGGUUUGAGGAGAACGGGUUAAGCCCUGCCUACCAGGCAGUCAAGAGUCACGGACUUGGGGAGAUGCUCGGCCUCGGCAGUAGGGGUCUGGGUAUUAAGAGCUUGGAUGGCUCGGGCAGGGAGAGCAGGGAGGAGCGGCGAGCAGAAGGGAAGCACGCCAAAGAGGAGGAGAAGGCAGGAGGAGGGAGGCAGAGAGGAGUGUUCGCCUUCGCUCUGGCUGGAGAAGAAGUGCUUACCCACUCUCCAUUUUAUGCUGCGACCUCUGACCCCUGGACCAUGAGACUGGAGCGCGCUCCACCCAUCUCUGAGCCAGCCAAAUGAACUCUGGUCUGCGGAAGACGACAAAAGACAAGAAAGAAAAUCUCUUUAAUCUCCAUGUCUGAUCAGUUCCAGGAAGCUAAAGCACCUUUUUUAAAGAAACAAAAAAGUGAGAUUGAUGAACUAAGCCUACUUAUGUUUUUUUUUUUUCAAAUUGGAAAAUGCAGUCUUAUUAAAGAAUAUCACAGAUGUCAUGUUAAAUUAUAGUUUCAGCCCUGUGGAUAUUUGCAGAUAAUUUGAAAAGAGGUUAUGUGGAGAGCAUGUCAGAGUACUGUGAUGUGCAAUUAGCAUUGUUUCUCUAAUAAUUUUAGUUAAAAAUUUAUUUCAACAAUGUCCUCUCAAGCAAGAUAAAAUCAGGCUUUUAUUUUGAAAAUAAUUCAUAUGCAAGAAAGUGUUUCCUACAUCCAG